AUGGUAGGACCGGAAACAAACAGGACAGAACCGGCGGUCAAGCGACAGAGGACGCACGAGGGAGAAACCUCCUUUGUUAAGAAACAGCGAACAGGAAAGGCGCCAACCUUUAGCGAAAUCCCUAAAGGCGCUGGGGCCAUAGUACUGGGGGUGCUCGACCGUAGUAGGGAGGACGGAGCCAUUUCCCAUGAUGAAUGGAAGAGGGUAGCGGCGGCUAUCUCAUCGUUGUUCCUAAGGGUGGUCAAGGAAAACCCGGGGCCACCCCCGAAGUGCGUGAGUGCCGGUUGGCACCAGGGGCUGCACAAGCUCACAAGUUGCGCUGACGAGAGAUCGGCCUCCUUAUACAAGAAGGGAGUCUCUCAGGUGGGGGAGGUCUGGAAGGGAGCCAGACUGGAGGCCGGGGCCAAAGAGGAUCUUCCUCUUCGUCCUAGGGCUCGCGUUUGGCUGCCGGCCGAACCUUCCAAUCCAAGUGAGAUUGAGGAAAUCCUCAGAUAUUGUAAUCCCUCACUUCCGACGCAGGACUGGAGAGUUUUAAGGCUGGAGAGGACUGAUGAGCCGUAUCGGCAAGCGCCGAUAAUGCUAAACACGGAAUCCAUCGGUCCUCUCAGCAACACAAAGGGAGCCAUAAGCUAUGGUUUUGAGAUGGUAGUGCUGAAAGUACUUCCAUCUGAUGCUAGGACUGAUGGCCCCCAAGCUGCGGUGGCUGCGGCGGAUGAAACAAGGGGUACUGACGGUCAAACGACCGUGGAAAUUGAUGCGUCAGAGGGCGCCGACGGCCAAAUGGCCGUGGAAGUGGUCGAUCCGAGUCUCUCGGAUGUGGCGAAUGUUGGGGGCGGUUCGUCGAUUGGCGACUCUGUCUUCAGCCUCGAACAACUGUUUGAGGAGGUUCGGGUCGAUCAUGACUUGGGCGCUGAAAUAGCGCUCCUGGAGGAAAAUCUGAAGGAUGAAAUUCCUCUGAAGGAUGAAAUUCCUCCAGAUUAA